GGAGAGCCGGAAGUGACGAGAAAGCAGCUGGCGGAGGGUCUGUUGAAGAAUGAGGGGGAGGUUGUACCCCCUUCUGUCUCUGCUGCUGUGAUGAGGCAGCCCAACCAAAAGCACUCGAAACCAAGAAAUAUCAUGGAAGAUUUGGAGGAAGGGUUUCUGUGACUACCAAGAAGCCCAGACCAGGGUCUCCAUUCUGAAGAGACAGAAGGAACGUGGAAGUGACAGAAUGACACUAUGGAUGGUGGGGUUAACCCCCUUCUCCCUGACAGCAUCCUCUUUGAAAUCUUCCUGUACUUGGAUUACAAAGAUGUGCUGUCAGUGGGACAGGCAUGCCGCCAGUGGCACGCCGUGGCCCAGGAUGAGGUCCUGUGGAAGGAGCUUUUCUACAGAUACUACAGUGUAGCUCGGGAUGUCCCACGACACCCAGCUGCUGUUUCUUGGUACGGCGAGUUCCAGAGACUGUACGACACCAUCCCCUGCGUUGAAGUGCAGACCCUGAAGGAGCACAGUGACCAAGUCCUCCACCUCAGCUUCUCCCACAAUGGCUACAUGUUUGCCUCCUGCUCCAAGGACUGUACCGUCAAGAUCUGGAACAACGACCUUGAGUUCUCCCUUUUGCAUAGCUCCAACAUGAAGAAGUUCAACUGGGGCUAUACCCAGUUCUCGCAGUUCAACGCUGAUGAUUCCCUCCUUCUGGUGUCGGGAGUUUUCUUGGGGCCCCGCACCUCUUCUUCAGGCGAGAUCGCAGUCAUCAGCUUGGACAACUUCACACUCUUGUCCCGAGUGCGCAACAAGCCAUAUGACGUCUUUGGCUGCUGGCUGAAUGAAACCAAUCUGAUUUCUGGCAAUUUGCACCGCAUCGGCUACCUCACCUCAUGCUCCGUGUUGUGGUUGAACAACGCCUUCCAGGGAGUAGAAUCUGAAAACAUGAAUGUGGUAAAGAGGCUUUUUAAACUCCAGAACCUGAAUGCCAGCACCAUCCGGACAGUGAUGGUAGUGGACUGCAGCCGCUAUGAUUCCCCUGACCUUCCGCCAAACCAAGGGGAGCAAUCAACUUCUGACCCUGUCUUGGUCCCCCAUCAGACCACUGAUCUCUGCAGCGACAGUGAGGAGGAAGAGGAGGAGGAGCCCAAACAACAAACAACACCAGAGGACUCCACAGGAGCCAAGAGUGAAGCAAAGCGUGAAGACGGGUUGGACCGUUUCCUGACGGACAUCAUUGAAGGGCGCAUCCGGCCGGUCAUGACAGAACUAGAGAUGGAGACAAAGGUGGCCCAACUGCUGGCACAAAACCGGACAAAGCCUCCCGAGCCCAACCUCCUCUCCAUGGAGGGCUGCAGCCAGAAGAAAUACUUGAUCUUCACCACUGGAUGCCUCACUUAUUCACCACAUCAGAUUGGGAUUAAGCAGAUCCUGCCUCACCAAAUGACAACAGCAGGUCCAGUCCUUGGAGAAGAAAGAGAGUCCGAUAAGUUCUUUGAUUCGCUUGACCAUGUCAUUGAUAUCCAUGGACAUAUUAUCGGCAUGGGCCUCUCCCCCGACCACAGGUAUCUGUAUGUGAACAGCCGAGCUUGGCCCCAGGAUUGCAUCAUUUCUGACCCUUUGCAGCCGCCCCCCAUCGCCGAGGAAAUCGACCUGCACGUUCUAGACCUCAAAACAAUGAAGGAAGCGAAACGAGCUCUGCGGGCUCAUCGAGCCUACACACCCAGCGAUGACUUUUUCUUUAUUUUCCUGGAUGUCAGCAGGGAUUUUGUGGCCAGUGGUGCUGAAGAUCGCCAUGGCUACAUCUGGGACCGGCACUACAACAUCUGCUUGGCCAAACUGCAGCAUGAUGAUGUGGUCAACUCGGUGGCCUUCAGCCCUGUGGAGCAAGAACUCCUCCUCACAGCUAGUGAUGACUGCACCAUUAAGGCGUGGCGCUCCCCCCGCACCAUGCGGAUCCUUCAAGCCGAGAAACCCCGGCUCCGCAAACCACUCUUCUCCUGGGCCACAAACCAGAGAAGCUGAGCCAGCCCUCUGUCGGGAGUCCCCCUCAGCUGGCUCACCUUGGCCAGAGGGGUCUCCGAUGGUUGGCACGAGUGACUGCAGUCCUUCCCUUCAUCUUCGCUUUCCUGCCCACUGCCAAAGCCAGCAAGACGUGGGUACAUUGAAGGAAUCUGGGACUAUUGGCCAAAGCAGACUUCCCUGCCUUCCUUUCAAUGGUGUUUCAUGGUUUGUUAAUUAUAUAGGUUUGUUCGCAUAAAAACCACAUACAACUUCCUGUCUGCAAGGAACAGUAGAGGAUCUUUCUGCAAUGGCAGCCAAGUUCCUCCUCCAAGGCAGAAUGCUACAUGGGUGCUACUGAGGAUCCUUGGGGUCACCAGCUGUUCUGUUGACAGCCCAAUGAGAAGCAAAAUCCAGUGGGGGAACAUGGCCUCCGCUGAAUUUCUCCUUGCUGAAGUCACAGCCGGGAGUGAGGGCGAGAAUACCUCAUUCUUAUAGAUGCACAAUCUAGGCUAAUCCUGGUUGCAGCUGUUCUGCCAGGUUGAGUUUCACUCACUGCCUUUAUCCCCCUGGAACAGAGGAGACCAUGCUUGGCUAUUGGUGUUCCAGCUGGCAUCCUGCUCCAUUUACAGGCGCUCUUCCAAAUUACACAUUUGGCAAGAAGGAGCCCUGAGAGUUUCAAACUACUGAAGCCUAAAAGGAACCCCAGCACUCAAAAGGCAGCUGGGAAGGAGCCAAGCAAUUGGGAUUCAAGGACGGCUUCAGAGCUUCCCCCCAGCCAAGCUUCCCCAACCCCUUAGUAAGUUGGUCGGGGCCAAGAGUCUUCUCCGUUCAUGUGAUCCCUGCAGAGGGGAAAGAGGAAAGUAACAGUUGAAGCAGGUGUGGGUUCAAGAGACGAAGGUGAGAUCACCUGGUUAGGGGGUGUGGCAGCUUAGCCACUGGGAAGAUUGAUCUAGAACAUGAGGUUCCUUUUCAGCAGCGUUCUUGGAGAAUGAAACUGCUUGAUUUCCAAAAAGGGCUGGGCCUCCUGCCUGGUACGACUCAGAAACCUGCUUCUAAGGCCCAGAACAUGAAACUCUACCUUUAAUGGCACCACACCAAACCAAGCCUCGCAGAUGACCAGCUUGCUGAGGAAUGAUGCUUCUGAACUGCUUCACAUCAACAGCACAGCUUGAAUAAAUUUCCUUAAGUACCA